GACACCGACAUAUAAGAAAUACAACAAAUAAAAAGUAUCAACAACCGCAGCACUAGCUCGAAAGACAAAGUAAAAUUGUUAAGACUUUGAUUACACGCUCAAAAGUAUAACAAAAUCAUAACAGAUUUCUAAAUUUAAGUUGUCGUGGUAUGCACUUUUUUUUUUGUUGCCUCAAGUGACAGUUCAGUUUUUUAUUACAUUAAUGUGCGCGUCGUGUGUCAAAAGUUUAGGAUUUGGUUAAAAUUCGCCAAAAAAAAGUUAACUAAGGAGAGAAAAUAUAGCAAUUGCCGCAGGAGCGCACAGUAAGAGAGCGGCUCGUCUGUCCAUAGAGAGAGUGUGGUGUGAAGAAAGAGAACCGAACAGUGCGUGCCCCAAAGAGGCGGCAACGGGCUGGCAAAAAUCAACAGCAAGAACAACAAAAACACAAAAUUAUGUCCACGGAUAAUCCCACGCAGAUUCUGACCCAACACGAUAUAAAUCAGCUGCGCGGUCUUCAAACCGCUGCGGCAGCAGCAACAACAGCAACGGCGGUGGUGGCGGCAGUAGCCGUCUCAGCUCAUGGCUAUCGGAGCGGGACGCCAGCAAGAGCACUCGCACCACAACACCAGCAUCAUCAAAUAAAUAAUACAACAACUGUAAAUAACAGCAGCAAUAGUCACGGAAACAACAACAACAACAACAAUAACAACCACAACAACAGCAACAGCAUGUCUGCAAACUCUAAAUACGUUCUCCUGCAACACAAUGGCAACUACACCACGUACGAAGGAAGCGGUGGUGGAACCACCGCAACGAGCAUCAGUCAGUCUGGCAACGCUGGCGGAGCAAACAGUGGCGGCAAUAUUGUACUGUUAGCCACCGAACCGUUGGAAUUAUGUGGCGGCGAUGUUUUGAGCGCAGCCACAGCUGCCGGUGGUGGGGGUGGUGCACGUGGUCAGGAUGACGAUGGAGAGUUGCGUUCGCUUUCCUGGUUAAGCGAUUCCAAUUUGAUCAAAGGCAUUGUGACGAGCAGUGGUGCCGCCUCGAAUGUAAAGCGUGGCGCCACAGUGGCUCUAACCACCAGCCUAAAAACGGCAACAGCGUCAGGGACGCCUGGAACAGCUAAUGGAACCAAUAAUAUAUGCAUCGUUAGUGACAUAAUUGAGGAGGUGCCUAGUGGUGGUUCUGGUGGUGGUGUUAGUGUUGCUAGUGGUGGUGAAAAUGCAACCACCGACUUAAAAACACAUUACGUGGAUGAGCAAAAGACGCAGUCACAAGCGACGGUGGUGCAGCAACCACCGACGGCAGUGUACAGCACCACAACGGUGCAUAAGGGACCCAGCGGCACAACAACGGUGGUGGAGUACAAAGCGACCAAGGCAGCUACGGCGGCGGUUGUGGCGACAGCAGCCACCCCAGGUGGUUACAUAUCCGCAACCACAUCCCGUCCCUUGCCCACACUAAGUCACAACUAUGUGCCUGUAAGCAAUGGCGCCACCACAGCACCACUUGUGGUAGUCGCCACAUCCACAACAUCCAAUACGGUCGUCAAACCACAACAUCAACAACCACAACAGUCGCAGCAGCAACAACAGCAACUCUAUGUGAGUAGUGGUGGCACCACAGGUGGUGCUGCCAUCUAUAAGACCACGCUCGCCAGCAGCUCAAGUGGUGGCAAUAGCAGUGGCGGCGGUGGUGGUGGUGGCAGUGGUGGCAACACCACCACACAUCAUCCGCACAAAAAAUACUUGCGUGAGAAGAUGAACGUUCAUGUGGAUCACAGCAAUCAUGUGGCCUCCACAGUAACGGUGGUUAGCUCACCGGCCUCGUCCAACAACUCCUCACUGAGCUCGUGCUCCGCCUCCGGAUCCUCAACCGCUGCGGUCAACGGUGGCAAUAGUCCCGUGCCCAAGUCCAAUAACUUUACUGCUGCAUUCGACGCUGUCAAUUAUACGGGUAACGCAUCGACAACAUCGGGCAACAACAGUAGCAGCAGCAGUGUAGAGGCCACGCCCCCAAUCGCCUCCUCCUGUCCGACCAUAGCUACGCUGCCCGCCGGCUACAGCUUUGUGAGCCACAUGAGCAACAGCACCAGUUCGCCGCAUGUCAUCAACAGUACGAAUACUAAGGCCAUUAUAGUGACGUCCUCCUCCUCGACAGAUGUGCCACCAAUGAGUGCCACAAUGUCGCCGAAUGGUCCCUUCUAUGCUUCAACACAAAAUCUCCAGCUGUCAAUAACACCGCCCCCGCCCUCAAAUGCCUCAGCACUACAGUCAAUGGGCUAUAUGCGUAGCCCGACCUCCUAUUCCAGCUACGAUAACGACGAUUCACUCAAGGACUUCGAGCUGAACCCCAACAAUCUUGGAGCACGCAUGCUCACCAGUACACCCCAACAUGUGACAAUAUCCCAAUCCCAGCAGCAGCAACAGCAGCUGGCGGGCAAGUCAUCCAGCUCGGCGACAAUCGGUGCCGGCUCUGCCCCGGCCGUCUAUGGCACCGCCAAUGGCAACAAUACGCCACAAAAGCAGAAGCAUCCUAACAAUGUGCCAUACGAUCCGCUCGUGCAUACCAACAACAAGCCGCCAUAUAGCUUUAGUUCCUUGAUAUUCAUGGCCAUUGAGGGCUCUAAUGAGAAGGCGUUGCCCGUCAAGGAGAUCUAUGCCUGGAUUGUGCAGCAUUUUCCUUACUUCAAGACCGCUCCCACCGGCUGGAAGAACAGCGUGCGUCACAAUCUCUCGCUCAAUAAGAGUUUCGUUAAGGUGGAGAAGGCACCUAAUAUGGGGAAAGGUUCGUUGUGGCGGGUGGAGCCACAGCAGCGUCAAAAUCUCAUACAGGCGCUCAAUCGCUCCCCCUUCUUUCCUAACUCGGCUGUGGACAAGAUAAGCUCACUUAAGAGUCCCGGUGGCAACUCUGGCUACGACACUAUGGAUGGCAACAUUGGCACUGGCAGUGGCAGUGCCAGCGGCAACGGUGGUGCCUUUGUUGCUGUCUCUGGCACGCCCAACAAAAGCAAUGGACUGCCGCCCACGAUGACGUCGUCACAAAGCAACAACAACAACAACAGUAACCAUAAUAAUAAUGUGGCAGCUGGCGGCGCUGCAACCGUUCCUGCCAAUUCAAAUACGAAUGGCGCCCAACAACGUUUUGAUCCAACACUGUUUCCUAAUCUGUCCAAAGCGUUUGGCCAUUUUGGCAACAAUGAGGAGUCUGCUCAUCAGCCCCUUUCACUCAAUGAUGCGCACGAUGAUGAGUUGCCCUCCGAUUUCAGUGCGACUAGCUAUCAUAAUAUCAACAACAACAAUAAUAAUAAUAUUAACAGUAAUAAUAACAACAACAACAGCAAGUACAACUAUGCCAUCCUGAACGGAGGUGGCAGCAAUGGAAGCGCCGUCGCUCCCGGUGGCGCAUUCAGCUUUGAGCGCUUGGCCCGCGAUUGCGGCGCCGACAGUAUGGACGAUGUGCAUGCAGCGGCUGCUAUGCUCUGCCUAAAACACGGACCAAAGGCCUUCUCGGAAUCAUUUCAGAAUGGCAGCGCACCUGUGAUCACCUCCUCGCCCAGCGAGGAUCACACCUAUUCGGCGGGCGGCAACAGUAAUGCAGACAGUGGUGCCUCCACACCCUUAACCAAUGGCAAUGAGAAUGCAGGUCCAUUGCAGCAGCAGCAACAACAACAGCAGAACCACCACCAUCAUCCCCACCAUAGCUUGGGCAACAGCAGUGGAGCAAAUGGCAAUGGAUUGUUAAUUGGGAAUCACAGCAACAACAACAACAGUGCAGACAGCAAUUGUGCCUCUUCGGAUGCGGCCUACGAUAGCAGCGAGGAGAAUCAUAACAUAACGCCUGAGGAGUUGGCCGAUCAGCAGCGUCAGCGCGAUGGCGUCGAUGCUUUACUCUCGCUCUCCCGCUGCGGUUCGACAGCAACCACACACUAUCACAGCAACGGCAGCUCUGGCAGCAGCCAUGGUUCGCCACAUAAGCGCGCCUCCAGCAACAGCGUCGAGGAGUUGCUCUGCACCACCGAAAGCGUCAAUGGGAACAAUGUCAGCAUCUAUACGAGCGGCAGCGGCAGCAAAAUGGCGCUGCUGAGCAGUGCGGCUGCUAAUGUGGCGGCUGCAUCGGCGCUGGCACAGCAACAACAACAACAGCAGCAGCAGCAUCAGCAACGAUCCAUUUUUGAGGAGCAUUACAGCGGCACCACAGGUGGCCAUAUUGUGGGCAAUGUUAAUGCAACCACCGGCAAUUACUAUGCCUUGCCCGCCUCUGUGUUGGGCAACUCGCAUCAGGCAUUGCUGCCUCAGCAACAGCAGCAGCAACAACAGCAGCAACAGCAGCAUCAGUUGCAUCAAUUAAAUUUGAAUGCAGCCGCUGUGGCCGCCAACAACAAGAGGGUGAAGCCCUUGCGAGGACUACGCACCAAGAUUAAACGCAAGUCCCCCUGGAUGCGGUGAAUAUGGCGGAAGGCUGCUGGCAGGCAGUAGGCGGUUCUCCGCCCCCACGACUGGACUGUCUCUUUCGUGCACGCACAGACACACACACAUACAUAUAUAUAUAUAUAUAUAUAUAUAUAUAUAUAUAUAUAUAUAUCUAGACAGAUAAACAGAUGGACAAACAGACAGACAGACAAACCGACAACCCACAUGUUGUUGUUGUCUCUUUCUAAUCGCAAUGUUAAACUAAUGCCACACGAUUAUUUUUUUUCUAUUGACUCUAAACAUAACAAAAAAUACAUAAUUAUCCUAAACUAUAUAUUUUCU